UCAAGAAUCUGCACUGAUUGAUUCUCAUCUUCUGUCCAUUAUUAGUUGUUACAGUUUACUGUAAAACUGUAAUCUUUACCAAAUAUGAAAUUAGUUCCUUAUUCUCACCUCCAUCCUCUUCAAAACCAGUGCACUCUGAUAUCCUUCAAGCUUCCCAGCCAUGGCUAUUAUCCGAUUACCUUUCCAUCUCUUUCUCUCUUCCUGGCUGUUCUUCGUCGACAUAUUCUUGGCACACGGUUCUGGUUCUAACUCUGGACCUGUAAUCAACAUCACAAAGCACAUCUCCUUCCCCAACUUCAGCCCCACCAAUCCGCUUCCGGACAUCACUCUCUUAGGCAGCGCAGCGAUUUCCCCGCAAAGCGGCUGCCUCCAGAUCCCCGGAAACAACCGUGAAUACGCAGCCGGGAGAGCUCUCUAUUCGUCUCCGAUCCGCCUCCUGCCUGCCUCCUUCAGCACCACCUUCUCCUUCCAAAUCAACAGCUCCGACUCCACUUCCGGUGGCCUCAGCUUCAUCAUUGUCCCCGACGAGCUCACCAUCGGCAGGCCUGGCCCCUGGCUAGGUAUGAUGAAUGAUGCCUGUGAGGACGAGUACAAAAUUGUUGGAGUUGAAUUCGACACAAGGAAGAACCCGGAAUUUGGUGACCCCAAUGACAACCACAUUGGCAUCAAUUUGGGCAGCAUAGUUUCCAAGAAAACUGUCAAUGCUGGCGACAUUGGAAUCGAUCUUGACGACCGGUCAGUUCUUCGAACCUGGAUAACGUACGACGGGAACCGGCAGUUCCUACAAAUUCAUCUUGGCCAUGACGGAGCUUCACUCCCUUCUAAACCUGUCUAUUCCGGCUAUCUCGAUCUUUCCCCUUAUCUUAACGAAUACAUGUUCAUCGGAUUCUCCGGUUCCACCGGAAACAGCCACACACAGAUCAACAGCAUAUGUUCCUGGAAUUUCAGCUCCAUCAGCCAAGCUUCUCUCAGGUAUCCUUCCUCCGACAGCUGCGCUAAUCGAAUUGCAGUGUCGGACGACGACGAUCAGAACAUCCCCCACAAAGCUCCUAGCAGUUUCUACAUUUUUCUAGCCGUAGUAGCGCUUGUUCUUAUCAUCAUGAUUAAUCUCUACUUCAACGGCAAGCGGAAGUCCACCGGAGAUGAUUCCGAAGUUAUACCUGAGAAGAAAGUCUCCCUGAGGCCUCCAAACAGAGCCAGGAAAUUCAAUCUAGCUGAAAUCUCCACCGCCACUCGGGGAUUCGGCGACCUGCAGGCAUUAGGCAGCGAUGGCAUAAGUGUCACUUACAAAGGUACUCUGUUCAACGGAUGUAAUGUGGCGGUGAAGAGAUUCUCACCGGAGAUUGUCAAUGUCAGGGAGCGAGGGAUCCUCCAGCGCAGGAUGAUCAAGGAAGUGAAGGCAAUCGGCAAAAUUCGUCACCCUAAUUUAGUUCCUGUUAGGGGAUGGUGCUUCGACCAUGGCGAAGCCAUUGUGGUGUACGACUUCGUGCCUAAUGGAAGUCUGGACCAGUGGCUGCUCGGAUUCGGCGUCCUGCCAUGGAUCCGGCGGUUGAAGAUCGUCAAGGACGUGGCGGAGGCGCUGAGGUACCUCCAUUCGAGGGGAUUAGCGCACAGGAACGUGAAAGCCAGCAGCGUCUUCUUGGACGUUAGCUUCAGGGCGAUGGUUGGAGACCUAGGGUUUGUGCUGGAGGCGGCGGAGUCGGCGGUGAAUCAGAGAGUGGAUGUUUUCGAAUUCGGGGUACUGGCGCUGGAAGUGGUGUCGGGGAGGGUCGGCGAGGGGGCGGAGGAGGUGCUGAACGAGGCGUGGGCGGCGCACGAGAGCGGAGAGAAGGGGAUGAUUGUUGAUCGGAGGAUGGGGCCGGCGGCGGAGCAGGCGGUGGCGGUGGUGGAAAUCGGGCUGAUGUGCACGCUGAACGAGAGCAAAGGCCGGCCGACGAUGGAGGAAGUGGUGGAGUAUCUGAACGGGGAGAGAAGAGCCGCUGCGGAGGAGCUGCCGCCGACCCGGCCGGUGUCGCUGUUUCCGUACGGCAGCAGCAGCACCGCCCUCUGCAGCGGUUACUCGUGUGCGCCGUUGCCGUUCAAGUGAGAGGGAGAAGGAAAAGAAUUUAUAAAACAUUAUUAAUAAAUUUGGCGGCGGCGCGGUUUUACUGCCGGGAGCAUCCAGAUUAUUCGUAUAAUACAAAUAUAAUACGAACUAGCAA